AUGUAUAUUCGCAGAUUAUCAUACUCGGUCGCUGUGAUUUCGGGCUUGGUGGGCUUUGGCGCUUGGUAUACGAAUAAACCACAAACUGCAGAUGCCAUCUCUCAGCAGGCGCAAUCCUUCUCUACAACUGCAUCGAUAUACGGCCCACAUCCCACGGCCGAAGCAGAUGUUGAGAGAAAGGCAGUAAUUGUUGGAGCAGACUCGUUGUAUACUGGUGCUAUUACUGGAGACGGACCAAUCUCUAAAGAUACAGAUGAAUCUGGUAGAAAGGUUUUGGAAAUGUUGACCCCUCAACAAGCUACACAGAAAUUACGACGGAACGAAGAAUCAUAUUUGGUUGGCAGAGGAAAUGGAGUUGUAAGAUAUGAUGUUGUUCAGAUACCCAGCAAUGACCCAAUUGAGGAUGAUCAUUCCGAGAAGAUAAUUGAACUCCCUCAAGCUUUGGCUACAGCUACAGCUGGAGGUAAUGCAAGUAGUGAUUGGAUGUUUUGGGGUGUCUUUGAUGGACAUGCUGGAUGGACCACCUCUGCCAAGCUACGACAAGUCCUCAUCAGUUUCGUAGCUCGAGAACUGAACUCUACGUACAAAGCGGCCCUUGCAGAUCCGGCGGCUGGUGUUCCUUCUUCGGAAGCUAUUGAAGCAGCUAUCAAGACUGGAUUCAACCGACUAGACCACGAAAUUGUCCACGAAAGCGUCGAGAAAGUCCUCAAGUCAAAUUCUCGCUCAUUAGCUGCUGAAGCACUUGGUCCAGCUCUUUCAGGAUCUUGUGCCCUCCUUUCCUUCUACGACAGCGAUAGCAAACUCCUUCGAGUGGCAUGCACAGGCGAUUCUCGAGCAGUACUUGGCCGUCGUGGGGAAUCUGGAAAGUGGGUUGCUACAGCAUUAUCCGUGGAUCAAACUGGUGGAAAUCCUGAUGAAGAAGCUCGCAUUCGCAAGAUGCAUCCUGGUGAAGAUCAUGUUGUCCGUAAUGGCAGAAUACUCGGUGGUCUGGAGCCCAGUCGUGCCUUUGGAGAUGCUUCAUACAAAUGGUCCCGAGAAAUUUCUGAGCGCUUGCGGCAAUCGUUCUUCGGACGGACACCGUCUCCGUACCUGAAGACACCUCCUUACGUGACUGCUGAGCCAGUGGUGACUACUACAAAGAUUGAGCCUGAGAAAGGAGACUUUGUUGUUAUGGCUACAGAUGGUCUAUGGGAGAUGCUUACGAACGAGGAAGUUGUUGGACUGGUUGGUCAAUGGAUCGAGAAGCAAACCAACGAGAGCAAUGGUAACGGCGCCAGUUCUUGGGUUAAGAUGUUCUCGUCGCAACAGAAAGGCCUCCCAGUUGAGCAAGGAAAAGCCAAGAAGGAAGGCAAGGAUGGGCAAAAGACUCCAAUCAGACAGCAGCAAUGGGGUGUGAAGGGUGGUGAGAACGAGAGGUUCGUUGUGGAAGAUAAGAACGUUGCUACACACUUGGUCAGAAAUGCUCUCGGCGGAAAGGACAAAGAUAUGGUUUGCGCAUUGUUGACUCUGCCAGCACCAUUUUCGAGACGAUACAGGGACGACUUGACGGUCGAGGUCAUAUUCUUCGGCAAUAGCGACAAGAGCGGAGACGUAGUUCUCAACAAAGAAGCCAGCGCUUCCGCUGGAGAUGUAAAGGCAAAACUCUAG